GAACGUCCCGGUGUAAGAGGAGCAAGAGGCAGACCAGGAGCCCAGCCUGGGGUUAUAGCAGCAGCCGCCGCUGCCGCUGAGGAAGUUCCAGAGAUGCUGGUUGCUUUGGGACUGCUCACCUCCUUCCUCUCACUCCUGUACCUGACCGCUCCAUCCAUCAGGAAGUUCUUUGCUGGUGGAGUUUGUAGAACGAACGUGCAGCUUCCUGGGAAAGUAGUGGUGAUCACGGGUGCCAACACGGGCAUUGGCAAGGAGACAGCCAGGGAGCUGGCUCGCAGAGGAGCGCGGGUAUACAUCGCAUGUCGGGAUGUACUGAAGGGAGAGUCUGCGGCCAGCGAGAUCCGAGCAGACACCAAGAACUCCCAGGUGCUGGUGCGGAAACUGGACCUCUCGGACACCAAAUCCAUCCGUGCCUUUGCCGAGGGCUUCUUGGCAGAGGAAAAACAGCUCCAUAUUCUGAUCAACAAUGCAGGAGUGAUGAUGUGUCCAUAUUCCAAGACAGCUGAUGGCUUUGAAACUCACCUAGGGGUCAACCACUUGGGCCACUUUCUUCUUACCUACCUGCUCUUGGGGCGCCUGAAGGAGUCUGCCCCCGCCCGGGUGGUAAACCUAUCCUCAGUGGUCCACCAUGUCGGCAAGAUUCGCUUCCACGAUCUCCAGGGUGAGAAGCGCUACUGCAGCGGUUUUGCCUAUUGUCAUAGCAAGCUGGCCAACGUCCUUUUCACUCGAGAGCUGGCCAGCAGGCUCCAAGGGACAGGGGUUACCACCUACGCCGUGCACCCAGGCAUCGUCAGCUCCGAGCUUGUCCGACACUCUUUCCUGAUGUGCCUGUUCUGGCGGCUUUUCUCCCCCUUCGUCAAGUCCACCCGGCAGGGGGCGCAGACCAGCCUGCACUGUGCCCUGGCCGAGGGCCUGGAGCCCCUGAGUGGCAAGUACUUCAGUGACUGCAAGAAGACCUGGGUGUCUCCAAGAGCCCGAAACAAGAAAACAGCUGAGCGCCUGUGGCAUGUCAGCUGUGAGCUUCUAGGAAUCCAGUGGGAGUAACUGGAGGGAGGCCAUGGCUUUAUCAGGCUCAAUCCACGCCAUAAAGAAAGGAGAACCAAAGAAAAGGCUAACCCUAAAGAGUUAUCCUCCUGGCCAGUUGCAGCUGUGAACCUUGCCUGCUCUGAGCCUCCUGACCCUUCUCCUUCAAGAAACCUUUAUACAUCCAACCUUCUUGUGAGGCUACCUCAGUACAUGGUGUUCGUACCCACAAAUUACUUUUCUCAAAAAUUUGGAGACUUGGCAAACUUCUAGGGCAAGAGGACCAGGCAUAUGCCAGGCUGGCCAUGGGGGUGGCAGAAGAGCCUGGAAAACAGGGUCAGUUUCCUCACAACACCUGUAGCACUCACCCGCAUGCUCAGUGGAGGUGACAGGAGCAUUCGCAUCACGUAUUUCCAUGGACUGUAGCCUCAAACAUGAUUGACUUCAUUUCCUAUUUGAAAUGAAAUGCUGGUCAUAACCUUGGAGUCUGGACCAGCUCAGGAAGAGCCCAGCUAACCUUGGCCACAUUUGCUGUCUUCCUUCGAGCAUCCUGAAGCCACUGCAUGAAGCUGGAAGUUCCCAUUUUCUAUUAUGGAGAUGGCGUCUUUUUUUUUUUUUUCCUAAUGAGUUCCCUUUAUUUCAAAGUUUAGAGAAAAUAAAGAC